AUGAGCAGCAAGCGCACUCUUUUAUCGACAUCACCUGAUCAUAAAGAACAUACACCAAAAAAAUACGCGCCGUCCCUAAAUAUGAGUGUAAGCAGUCAUCAAGACGUGUUUACAUGGAGCAAACUAUGCGAAGUCCUGGACGACAAAUUGAAGGGUGUAGCAAAGAAAGAAGAUCUGACGGAUAUCAAACAUGAAAUUGAAGAAUUAAAACAUGAGAAUUCUAAAUUAAAGGAAGACAUAAAGAAAUUAACAAACCGUCUAGAACUAGUUGACCAGAAAUCGAGAACCACAAAUAUCAUGGUACCGCCAGCGAAGUCCAAAGGGUUUUAAAUGCUAGAAGUAACCUUAAGGGACAAGCAAUUUUUAUUCAGAAGGAUUACACUGCAGCUGAACAGUCUAUUAGAUACAAUCUCAGGCAAGUUAGCAAAGUAAUAUCUAAGCAUAAAAAAGAUGUAAAAGUACGGCUUGGUGAAUUUUGUAUCUACAUCAACGAUAAACGCUUUACUUGGUUCAAUGGAAAGAUACGUUCUUCCGCUACAAACGAUGUAAAAUUUCUAGAAGAUAUAUUAGCUGAAUGCGGUUUUAGUUGUGAGGUUGUUUGCAACGAAAACGUAGUAUUAAAUAAAAACGAUAACAAUCCUUAUGUACAAUAGCUAGCUGAUUCGUGCCAUAUAAUAGCUUAUAACGUUUGUAACCUUGAAAAAUCGCUAAAUUUUGGAAACUUUAUAACCUUUUUAAAUAAGUUUGAUAUUUUCUUUUUGUUUGAAACCCAUGUUGUUGCUAAUAAACAAACUUAUUUCUCAUCAUUUUUUCAAAAUUAUUGUCUACACUGGGUUGAAGCAAUUAAAAUACAUAAAUCGGGUCGUGCUAGUGGAGGUUGCCUAUUCGGUUACAAAAGAGA